UGUGUGUGUGUGUGUUAGGUUAUUGUCUGAGGAUAAAUUAGGUUCAGUUUAAUCGUUUUAACUACUUGAAGAAUCCUUUAUUUUAUAACCAAAACUUCAACACAUGUCAAACUUUAUUCAACUGAACGUUUGUACAACAGGCCAGGAAAUUGGCGCUUUAGAAUUUAUCUGGACAAAUAAGGGGAAGCUAGGCGUUAGCAAAAGCGCUAAGCUAAAACGUAGCUCUGCUAUUAGCGCAUUAGCAGAACUGAGCUGCUGUGUCUGAACUUAAUAAACAGGAAGUGUGAUGGUUAACCUUCCUGAUUUCUUGUCAUUUUGGCUGAACUAGGAGUUAAUUGGUCUAAAUGUAAAGAUUGAUCUGAACUGGGCCGGAGAGCAGAGCUGGUCCAGUUCUGGUCCAGAACUCGCUCACCAGGUUUCUCCUCCACAGCUGGGUUCUGUCCAGCUGCUCUUUAAAGAUGGCGGAGGCACCAGAACUGUUCUCGGAGCAGGAGCUGACCUGCUCCAUCUGCCUGGACCUGUUCACUGACCCGGUUUCUACGCCCUGCGGACACAACUUCUGCCAGGCGUGCAUCGGCGGGUACUGGGCGUCCAGCUCGGUCUGUACCUGUCCUCUGUGUAAGCGGCAGUUUGACGAGCGUCCCCAGCUCAGCAUCAACAAGGUCUUUGCUCUGAUAGCCGAUAAAUUCAAGCAGACGCGUUACGGCGCCACGGGGUUCUCGGCGCCAGUGGGGAACGGCUCGCCGGACGCCACGGAGGACGGCUGGAGCACCAACCCGUUCCUGUCGCCGCUCCCGGCGCCGGCGGCCCCGGAGGACGUGGUGUGGUGUGACAUCUGCUCCGGGGUGAAGCAGCCGGCCGUCAGCUCCUGCCUCACCUGCACCGCCUCCUACUGCAGCGAACACCUGCAGCCGCACUACAACACCGCCUUCUACGCCAAGCACCCGCUGCUGGACCCCCAGGAGGCCCUCAAGGGCCGCACCUGCACCACACACCGCCGCCUGAUGGAGGUCUACUGUAAGACAUGUCAGUGCUGCAUCUGCGCCAUCUGCGUCCUGCAGGAUCAUCGCACUCACAAAACCGUCUCCGUCCAGACUGAGAGACUCGGCAAACAGAAACUGGUGGCGAGGACAGAGCAGGAGAUCCUGAACCGCAUCAAAGAGAAGGAGAUCCGUCUGAGCGACCUGAAGAGGAAGCUGGAAUCCGUGCAGAACUACGCAGAUAAAGAGCGAGGCGAUGUCGAGCACCUUCUGGAUGAAGUGUCCGCCUCGCUGGUCCAGAUCCGGACUCAAGUGGUGGGUGGGAUCCAAAGCCAGCUGGAGGCUGUGACGUCGAAGGGGGAGGCCAUGGUGCAGCGCCUGGAGGCGGAGCUUAGCCAGCUGACCGACAGAAGGGCAACGCUGGAGGUCCAGGCCAUCAGUCAGGAUCACAUCAGCUUCCUACAGAGCUUUGAGGAGGCCACGGCUCCGCUGGAUGAAAAGAAACAUGAUGACGCUGACGAAGAGGCCGAGUUGUCCCUUCACUUCCACCUGGACGAUGUGAAGAGCAGUCUGUCCGACGUCAAGAUCAAGGUAGACGAAAUCUGGAUGGGAGAGAUCCGCCCGAGGGCCUCCAGAGAUUCUAGAGGCUCCAGAGACUCCAAAGACUCCUUUCCACCAGGUGACCUGAUGGCAGCCGAGAGCAUGAUGAGUCUGAGAGGAAGCAAGUCAACUCUGAGAAUGAGUCAAUGGUCUCUGAAAGACACAAAGAAGAGUAAGCAUGUUACAGGACUGAAGAAAGCCCGGGCCUACAUAGAGGAUGUGACGCUGAACCCGGUGACAGCGUACCCAUUCCUGAUCCUGUCAGAAGACAGGAAGCAGCUGAAGAGAGGAGAGAAGCUGCAGUUUUUCAGAAACAGCCAUCACCGAUUUGACGUCUGGUCUUGUGUCAUCGCCAAGGAAGGGUUUAGCUCUGGGCGUCACUACUGGGAGGUUUCUGUUGGGGAGAACAAGGACUGGAAACUGGGUGUGGUCAGUGAGUCGGCCAAGAGGAAAGGCCUGUUUGACAUGAGUCCCACAAACGGAUACUACGCCAUCUGGUGGUGCGGCAACCAGCUGAGGGUGCUCACUGCACCGCCUCUGACCAAGGUGAAAGGUCACCACCCGAAGCUGCGACAGGUGGGCAUCUUCCUGGACGUGGAGGAGGGUCAGGUCUCCUUCUACAACGUCAAGUCAGGAACGGAGAUUUACAGCUUCCACACAAACACAGAGUUCACCGAGAGGAUGUUUCCUCUGCUCGGGACCGGAGACAAGGAGGUUCCUCUGAUCCUGGCCACCGCCCAGCAUCACCCCGCCUGAGGGGAACCGGGCCUGGACCAGAAUCAGGCUCAGACUUUAGGGAGUGGGGAAGGAAGAGGUGGAGCUCCUGCAGAACGUGGAGGUUUACCGCAGAUGAACCCACAGGAUCCUCAGAUAGAGGAGCCUUUUCCUCCUUUAAGACGAUUAUGUAAUAAUAUAUUAGAUGUAGUGAUUUAUAAGUUAAAAUGAAUGAGUUAUGUACAUAGAUAUCAUGUAGAGGCACAUGUGUCAAACUCCAGUCCUGGAGGCCAGCAGUCCUGCAACUUUUAGAUGAGCCUCUGCUGCAGCACCUGAACAGAAUAAUCAGGUCAUUAAGGCUCUGGAGAACUGAUCCACACCAGGAGGAGGUCAUGAAGCCGUUUCCUUCCAGGGUUUUGUACCUGUGGCUCAUCUAAAACCUGCAGAACAGCGACUGGAGCUUGACACCCCUGAUGUAGAGGCACAGAGUUUGUAGUCUAUGAAGCCAAUCUGUGAAGAACUUAAGAUACUAAUGGAGAUACUUGGAUGGUAUUAUGGUGAAAAUGUGGAGUUUUUCCUACUUUAAUAAUAAAAUAU